AUGCGAAGAGCUGGCCCAGCAGCAGCAGCAGCAGCAGCAAAGACAGGCAGCCGGGCAGAUCCAUCUGGCAUCGGAUGCCAAGCGAGCGACCGCAGCGAUCGCUGGGCCCCACACGCGCAGCGCAGCGCAACUCAUCCCAGAAACGACCUCAGCGAGCGAGAGGCCCGCUCGGUCCACGCUUAUUCGUUGUUCAAGCCUUGGAGGCGCACGCACAUCACACCGCAUCAGCCCCGACCACCGCUCUCGCGGCUCGCGCCUCCUCUGGCGCGCUUGGCCCACUCACCCGCUCGCUCCCAUCCAAGACGGCUCAGCUGCUCUCUCAGCUGCUCGGGCCGCGCCUCCACCCAAGACAUCAUCGUCUCCCGCUCCCUCCCCUUGCUUUCAGCCCGCUCACCCAUCCCCUCGGCGCCACCUGGAACCCCCCCAUCUCUCUUGCUCUUGACGCCACCAUCAUAUCUCUCCUCCCCUCCUCCCUCCCUCUACAUCACCUUCCAUCCCGUCGCUACACGUCAUCGUAGUCAAGUCGUCACCAUGCCCAAGCUCGCAAGUGUCGAGAUCGACACCCCCGCCAACAAGGGCGAGACCAAGAUCAGGCGCUCCUACCGCGCGCCUGACAAGCUCCUCGAACGCCCCGCAGAGGGCAUCAACACCAUGGCCGAUGUCUUCCUCCACGCUCGCAACCGCUUCCCUAACCGUCCCAUCAUGGGCUGGCGCGACGUCGUCCGCAUGCACGACGAGCAGAAGGAGGUCACCAAGAAGGUCGAGGGCAAGGAGGUCAAGGAGACCAAGACCUGGCAGUACUACGAGCUCUCCAACUACAAGUAUCUCACCUACAACGAGUUUGAAGAGCGCAUCCAGCACGCCUCGAGCGGUCUCGUCAACCUCGGCCUCUCCAAGGACACCCGCUUCAACAUUUACGCCGCCACCGCCAUCAACUGGCAAAACAUGGCACACGCCUGCUUCCGCCAGAGCAUCCCCUUCUGCACCGCCUACGAGACGCUCGGCGAGGAGGGCCUCCAGCACUCGCUCAGCGAGCCCGACGUCGUCGGCGUAUUCACCAACGCAGAGCUCCUCCCCACCCUCGCCAACGUCAUCGAAGACGCCCCCACUGUCAAGUACGUCAUCUACGACGGCAAGCCGGGCGACAAGGAACUCAACAAGGUACGCGACGUGCUCGCCGGUCGCGAGGGUAAGCUCCUCACCAUCGAGGAGCUCUGGCAAGAGGGCAAGGCCAACCCUGCCGAGGGCCACCUCCCCACCCGCGACGACGUCGCCUGCAUCAUGUACACCUCGGGCUCCACCGGCGCACCCAAGGGUGUCGUGCUCACCCACGGCAACCUCGUCGCCUCGAUCGCCGCCGUCGAGCUCCACGUCGGCGACCUGCUCAGGCCCGACGACACCUUCCUCGCCUACCUCCCGCUCGCCCACAUCCUCGAGUUCAUCGUCGAGUGCACCAUGAUCUACGUCGGCGUCACCAUGGGCUACGGCAAGGUCAAGACGCUCACCCAGGCAUCCGUGCGCCAGUGCGACGGCGACAUCAAGGCGUUCAAGCCGAGCAUCAUGAUCGGCGUGCCCGCCGUCUGGGAGCUCAUCCGCAAGGGCAUCCUCUCCAAGGUCAACGCCGGCGGCGCGCUCAAGAAGAACCUCUUCAACGGCGCGCUCACCAUCAAGAAGAACAAGGUGCCUCUGCUCACCUCGGUCGUCGACUCGGUCGUCUUCAAGGCGGUCAAGGAGCAGACCGGCGGUCGUCUGCGCAUCGCGCUCUCGGGCGGUGCGGCGCUGUCCAAGGAGACGCAGGAGUUCCUCAACAAUGCGCUCGUGCUGCUGCUCCAGGGCUACGGCCUGACCGAGUCGUGCGGUAUGACGGCCAUCCUGACGCCCGAGUUCUACUCGUACGGCCCCUCGGGCGGCACUGUGCCUGCGAUCGAGGUCAAGCUGCGCGACGUGCCGGACGCCGGCUACUUCAGCACCAACAACCCGCCGCAGGGUGAGGUGCUCAUCCGCGGACCUGCGGUGACCAAGGGCUACUUUAAGCGCGACGAUGUCAACAAGGAGUCGUUCGAGGACGGCUGGUUCCUCACGGGCGACGUGGGCCAGUGGAACCCCAACGGUACGCUGUCGAUCAUUGACCGCAAGAAGAACUUAGUCAAGCUGUCGGGCGGCGAGUACAUUGCGAUCGAGAGGCUCGAGAGUGUGUACAAGGCGUCGAACCUGGUGUCGAACAUCUGCGUGCAUGCCAACAGCGAUGCCAAGCAGCCCAUGGCGAUCAUCUUCCCGCGCGAGGACAAUCUGGUGCAGGCUGCGCAGCGCGCCGGCGUCAGCGGCGAGCUCGAAGAGCUGUGUGCCAACCGUCAGGUGGCCAAGAUUGUCAUGGAGGAUGUGAAUGGUGUUGGUAAGAAGGCGGGCUUCAAGAAUCUCGAGAUGCUUCAGACCGUGCUGCUGGUGCCCGAGGAGCUCGCCAUGACGGCGGCGCAGAAGCUCAGCAGGAAGGACAUCAUCAAGAAGUACGAAGACCAGAUCAAGAAGGUCUACAUGUAA